CAACCACUACCACGACCCCGCCCGUCGUUCCCCGAUGGUCUCCUCCUCCUCCUUAGCCGGCCACGGCCGCCCCAAGGUGGUCGUCAUCAUGGGCGCCACCGGGUGUGGCAAGUCCCGCCUCUCCAUCGACCUCGCCUCCCACUUCCGUUCCGCCGAGGUCAUCAACUCUGAUAAGAUGCAAGUCUACCGGGGCCUCGACAUCACCACCAACAAGAUCCCCUGGGCCGACCGCCGCGGCGUCCGCCAUCACCUCCUCGGCUCCCUCGACCCGAAUGACGGGGAGAUGACCCCGUCGCAGUUCUGCUUCAUCGGCCACAAAACCAUCUCCAGCAUCGCCUCCCGCGGGAAUCUCACCAUCCUCGUCGGUGGUUCCAACUCCUUCAUCCACGCUCUCCUGGCGGAUCAGUUCGACCCGGAGGCAGAAGCGAGACCCGAGCUGAGGUAUGACUGUUGCAUUCUGUGGGUCCACGUGUCGCCGCCCGUCCUGCAGAAGGGCCUGCCGAAGCGCGUGGAUGGAAUGCUCCGCAUGGGCGCUUUCGAUGAGCUCGCCGGAUACUACGACCUGCGCCGGACCGACCCGGGGGCUUGGGCCGGGCUGAGGAAGGCCAUAGGCGUGCGCGAGUUCGACCGAUAUUUCGAGAAGUACCCGCCGCUGAGGGGGCACGCGUGGGGGCAGGAAGAUGCAAUGGAGCGGGACGACGAUCCGGAGCGGGAGGGUGCAUACCAGGAGGCGCUAAGCGAGAUAAAGGAGAACGCGAGCCAGCUGAUAAGGCAGCAGAUUGAGAAGAUCAGUGAGCUGAGCAGGAGCGGGUGGAAGCUGCAUAGGCUGGACGCGACGAAGGCCGUCCAGCUGGCGAUGGCGCCCGAGGAGGAGGGCAGCGGUGGCGGCAGGUCGCGCGACGUUUGGGGGCUUGACGUCGUGGGGCCGAGCGUGAAGAUUGUGAAUCAGUUCUUGCAAGGGAACUAGGUGGCGUGUUCUCGGUCUUGAUUUUUCUCUCUAUCGUAUGUUUAAGUGUCUGGGAA